AGUAAGAAUGAAUGUGAAAGAUAUAAGUCUCAGGAAAGUGGAGACUUCAGUGAUCUCAUCUUCUUAUACCGCGGAACCAUGCUUCACUCUUUGGUUCAAGAUAAGACUGCUGUUUUGCAUUCUUGACUCAUGAAGUCUACCCAGGUUUGACAUUUUCUGCCAUAGAGUCCCUGUUCGUUCUCAUCAACAUGUUUGAUUACUAGUUGAUACUUUAAGAACAAGACUUGUAUUUUGAAUAUCCCUUGGCAUUGCACAGUGCUAUAUUGAGUCACUGACAUAUAAUUCCAUGGAAACUUCCUGCUGCACUUCUAGCAGCUGGCUUCCUGACUCAUUCUCUGCUUGUUGUAGGAUGAUGGAAUCGGGAUUGCUUCCUAAAGACAAGGCACAAAAGGUGUUGGAUAUGAAGCUCAAGAAGAAGAACCAGAAGUUUGCAUCUCCAAUGAAAAAAGGCACUCCCACCACCACCACCACCACAAAGAAAUCCAACGGUGCAACUGAUACAAAGAAGAAGCCAUCUCCAUCUCCAGUAUCUACAUCUGCCAAAGGCAAGACUGCUCCUUCCAAGGUUACCGCAAAAGAUUCUAAUAAGAAGCGCAAGGCUAGCAGCGAUAGCGAUAAUGACUCUGACGAUGACUUUGUGGUGAAUGUCAUGUCGAAGAGACAGCGGGCAUCAUGAUGAUCCUAUUACUUUGUUAUGUUUCUGCUAUCUUCAUUACGGAAAGCAAAGCAGCAUUUGGUCUGUAUAAGUGUACUAUAACCUAAACUUCCCCAGAUAUCUCUUGUUGAAUUGACUGACAUUAUUUCACAAUUUCCUUUCCUGUUCCUACUGUCUCACAGUCUCUCAUUACUCAUUAGGCCUUUGCUCAUGUCAUCUUAUUGCUACCUUAAUACCGUACCGCAGUCCAACAAAAUCCCAAUUUCGGAUCCGUUUUGUUGGGCUUGGCCCAUUACAUAAUCUCACGACGGUGAAACUGUAAAUUCUCCUAAAUUAGCGCUAAAUCAACGCUUUGAUCACUAAAUAGGAUUUAGGGAGUAGGACGAACGAUAUAUUUUAUUUCCUUCUUGAGAAACCGCCAUAAAUGAAUGGAUUAACUCAUU